AUGGAAAAAUACAUAUCGUUCUCUGUUGGCAGUUUACGGUUCAUAGACUCACUUCAGUUUUUGAACGCAUCGCUUGAGACACUGGUUACUAAUUUGAAAGCAGACGGUAGUGAUAAAUUCACUCAACUCACAAAAGAAUUUUUAGAUGAACAAAAAAUCAGCUUACUUCUAAGAAAAGGGGUAUACCCUUAUGACUUUAUGGAUGACGAGUCUAAAUUUAACAUGUCUCAGCUCCCUGCUCAAGCUGAGUUUUAUAAUAGUCUAACUGAUAGUGAUAUCUCGGACGAGGAUUAUGAGCAUGUUCAUCAGGUGUGGACAACGUUUGACCUGAAAACCAUGGGAGAGUACCACGAUUUGUACAUGAAAACAGAUGUUCUUCUCUUGGCAGAUGUAUUUGAAAAUUUUAGAAACAUGUGCUUAGAUUAUUAUGAUUUGGACAGUGCUCAUUAUUUCACUUUACCCGGUGUAGGGUGGGAUGCCAUGCUCAAGAUGGGAGGUGUGGAACUUGAACUUCUCACAGAUUUGGAUAUGCAUCUUAUGAUAGAGCAUGGUCUAAGAGGUGGAAUUUCAAUGAUAUCAAAAAAGUUUUUCAAAGCUAACAAUCCUUAUCUUGAAACAUUUAAUGAAAAUGAACCCUCCACCUAUCUUAUGUAUUUGGAUGCUAAUAACCUGUAUGGACAUAGCAUGUCCCAAUACCUCCCUGAAAGAGAUUUCGAGUGGGUUAAAGACUUGGACAGUCUUGACAUUAUGACUGUGACAGAGAAUUCAAACACAGGGUAUAUUUUGGAGGUAGAUCUUGAAUACCCCACAGAAUUACAUGACUGUCACAGUGACUACCCUCUGGCCCCUGAAUCUAUGCUAGUCACUGAUGCUAUGCUUUCUCCUCACUCACAGCAGCUGAGAGAUAAACUUUGUCUUACAGGUCGGCCUGUACGAAAAUUAGUUCCAAACCUCAAUGAUAAAGAGAAAUAUGUACUACAUUACAGAAACUUACAAUUCUAUCUCAGACAGGGAAUAAAGUUGACAAAGAUCCAUAGAGCGAUUCAGUUUAGACAGUCUCCAUGGUUAAAGACCUAUAUCGAUUUCAAUAUGGAAAAAAGAAAGCAGUCUAAAAAUGAAACUGAAAAAGCUUUUUUUAAGUUGAUGAACAACUCCUGCUUUGGUCGAAGUAUGAUGAAUGUAAGAAAGCAUGUGAACGUGGAGCUGGUCAAUUCAAAGAAACGUUUAAAGAAACUCUGUGCUAAACCCACAUUUGAAGGCUUUAAAAUAUUUAACCCUGAUUUGGCUGCAGUUCAUCUUAAGAAAGCUACUAUCUUUCUUAACCAGCCUAUCUAUGCCGGAUUUUCAAUUCUAGAUAUGUCUAAAAUUGUUAUGUAUGAAUUUCACUAUGAUUUCAUGAGAGCAAAGUAUGGGAAUAAAGUCCAACUUUUAUUCACGGAUACAGAUUCACUGUGUUAUGAGAUAGAAACAGAAGAUAUCUAUUCUGAUUUUUAG